AUGACAACCUCGAUCUCGGAGACAGCGCCAGUCCAUGUGCCUUAUGUUCAAGCUACCGAGACAACGGAGCAGCUAGACUGGGCAGAUCUGGUGGCUUUAGACCUCUCGAAAUUUAACAAGCCUGGGGGUAAACAAGAGCUUGCGAUAGAAUUCACGAGAGCGAUUGAGCAAAUAGGCUUCUUUUAUGUCAUCAAUCAUGGACUCAGCCGGGAAGCCAUCGAUCAACAGUAUGCUCUAGCUUCAUCCGUUCUCAGUCUGUCGGACGAAGAUAAGGCACCCUACAGAGCGGCACUGGAGGCCGGUGAUUUCAAUGGCUGGAAGCCCCCGGGCACCAGAGAGCUAGUCCCAGGCGUUCGAGACAACUUCGAGAUCUACAACAUCCCAAAGUUCAUCCCAGAACAUGCCUCGCGCUCGCAUCCCGAGGUAGUCAAAGAGAACCUGGCGACAAUCGAAUGGUUCUCCCGCUACGUCAACGACGAAAUUGUCCGGAAACUUCUUGUCAUAUUUGCACUGGCACUCGGUCUCGAGGAUGAAGAGUGGUUCGUCAAGAAACAUCUUUAUGAACAGUCUAGCGGCGACCAUCUCCGAUACAUGAAGUAUUACGCGAGAAGCGAGGAGGAGAACCGAAAGCUGGGUGGUGUUUGGUUGAAGGGACACUCGGAUAUGGGCAGUUUGACCUUACUUUUUCGACAACCAGUCGCUGCACUCCAGGUUCUCACAAAUGAUGGGACAUGGAAGUGGGUGCGCCCGCAGACGGAUGCGCUGACAGUAAACAUUGCUGAUGCAUUGCAGUUCCUAACAAAUGGGUACCUGAAAUCUAGCAUCCACAGAGUCGUGGCGCCUCCAAAAGACCAGGCACACAUCGAUCGUCUGGGGGUCAUUUACAUGGUUCGGAUAGAGGAUGAUACGGACCUUAUUCCGAUUAAAGAGUCUCCCGUUUUACAGAAGCUUGGCCUCUCUGAGGGUGCGGUGCUUGGAAGUGACGGUAAGCCUGUGAAGGCGGGAGAGUGGGUGAGGGAGAGGAUCAUCAAAAACAUUGGCACCACGAGCCAGUCCGAUGGCGACAAUUCAGUCAAUGAUCUAGAGGUCCUCAAGGGUGUCAAGACGACAUAUUUUGAUUGA